AUGGCAACAGAACUACGGCGAUCGACAAGGCUGGCUACGAGAAAGGCCAGCGAUGCUUCAGAAUAUGCGGAGAGCAAAUUGCCCUUGACCAAGCGUGUGCGCAAAGCGCCCAAGACGGACGCUCCCAAGAAGGUGGCCACGGACGCCCCCAAGAAAGUUGUCACGGAGGCUCCAAAAAAGGAGGCGGGGGCCGCGAAGAAGGUAGAGACGCCCAAGAAGGCGGCCGCAGCGGAAGCGUCUACGGGCCCAGGCGGCGAGCUGCAAGUUGGUGAUGUGCUGCCUGAGAUUACCCUCAAGAACCAAGAUCAGGCGGAUGUGAAACUCAGCGAUGUGGUCAAAAAGAACAAGAUUGUGGUGCUCUUCGCAUACCCGAAGGCCAGCACGCCCGGCUGCACGCGGCAGGCGUGCGGGUUCCGCGACAACUACCAGGAGCUGCAGAAGCAUGCCGUGGUGUUCGGGAUAAGCGCCGAUUCCGUCAAGUCACAGAAGUCGUUCCAACAAAAGCAGAAGCUUCCCUUCGAUUUGUUGUCCGACCCCAAGCGCGAGCUGAUUGGCGCCCUGGGCGCUCGCAAGACCGCCCAAACAGGUGUGAUUCGGUCCCACUGGGUUUUCGUUGACGGGAAGCUUGGGUCCAAGCGCAUCAAGAUUUCGCCUGAAAUGAGUAUAGCUGACGGCCUCAGCGAAGUUUUACUGUUUGCGAAGAAGUCUCUCGCGGGUAACCCUGGAAAGACCUGA